AUGCCGUCAGAUCGUGUGCGAUCUGUAAAUGGGAUGCUUACUAACGGGAGUGCUAGUAACGGGAAAGCAGGCAACGGCGCUCGCAGUAACAGCACAGAGCCUGUGGCGAUUCCCAGACGAACCCUCAAGAUCAAACCGCUUCAUCAGCUGACGAAACCGGUCCUGCAACCCGACCGUGCUACUGCUGCUGGUGGUGGUGCUGCUGCCGGUGGUGCGGGUGCUGGUGAGGAGGGGAAUGAAAGCGACGAGAAAAGAAAGGGACCCGGAGGUUCGUCCGCGUUAGUGUCGCCUCCGCUGCCGUCCAUUGACUCGUUCGCACACACUCGCCGCCUGCAGAGCCUGUCGAGCUUCAAGCCGCGGUCUCGCCUGCUUGGCCGGCAGUCUCAAGGGGGAGAGGUAGGGGAAAAGGGAGGCGCUACUGCUGUCGGUGCUGCUGCUGGUGUUGCUGGUCCUGCUGGCGCUACUGCUGGUGGUGGUGCCUCUGCUGCUGGCAGUGCUGGUAACCCGUCAGGUAAGAGCAUUGUGUCGUUCUCUAGCCGAGCGUCCCAGCUGCAGCAGCGGCAGCAGCCGCUUGUAAUGGGGCCCUUCCGUGUUCCCAGGCGGCUGAACGCGAACGCAGCUGAGUUAAGCGCUCGUGAGGAUACGUCGUGCACUACUGCUGCUACUGGAGCGUCCAAUAACGGGGAUAGAGCGCGGACAGGGCCCCUGGGCGGCAGGGUAGCGGGCGAUGGGGAAGGUGUAGCUAGAGACGGGUUUCGCAGGCUGCAGAAAGGUGGGCGGGGAGGUUUGGCCGGUAGUGCGACCGCCGCCGCCCCUGGAGUGGAUCAGAUGAGGAGUGAUCAGGUAGAGGAUGAGAUAGAGGGGUUUAGUGUUGGGGAAAGUGAGGGGAGAAGAGAGGGAGAGGGUUUUGGGCGUGCAGGGAUGUUGACAGAGUCGUCCCGUGGAGGAGGAACGGAGGUGGGAAGAGACGGUGAUGGGGGAAUGCAGGGGAAGAGGAAGAGGCGAAAGAUCGUUCUGUGUAGUGAUGGCAGUGAUGGGGAUUAUGAAGAGGAGGAGGAGGAAGAGGGAGGGGAGGAGUGGGGAGAGGAGAAGAAGAUUUCACCUUUCAAACGAGCGGAUGAUGCAGCCACUGUGAACGCGAGGAGGUUCUUUGGAGUGCGGCAGCCCCAGGGCGGUCCCAUCCAUGGGGGUCCGCAGAUCGCCCCUGGGCAGACGGGUGCGCAGAUGCCCCCCAGCAGCAGCGCGGCUGUGCAGAGGGCGGAGAGGGAUGAGCUGCGCGCGCGCCUGCUGGCGCUGCACGCCCCCAGCAAGGGCUGGCGCUCCGCUAGGGACCCAGGGGCGGUUGAGGAGAAGGGGACGGGGACGGGGACGGGGACGGGGACGGGGAAGGGGAAGGGGGGUGGGGAAGGGGAAGGGGAAGGAGAAGGGGAAGGGGAAGGGGAAGGGGAAGAAGGGGAAGAAAUCGGGGAAGGAUCGAUCGCUGCAGCACUGAAGCAGAAGCUGCUGCUGUCUGCUGGGCGAAAGCAGGGGGAAAAAGGGGAGAUGGGGGGGUUGGGGGAGAAGGGGAAGCGGGGGUUGGAAGGGGGUUAUGCGGAGACGGAUGAGUCGGCGGCGAGGCUGAUAUCGCAGGACGAUGUGUCGGCGGCGUGUGGGGAGAGCGUGCAGCUGAAGGGGUACCAGCUGGUGGGAGUCAACUUCCUGCUGCUGCUGUACCGACAGAAGGUUGGAGGAGCAAUUCUUGCGGACGAAAUGGGCCUCGGCAAGACUGUGCAGGCGGUGGUGCUGCUGGGGCUGCUCGGUCACCUGGACAACAACCCUGGACCCCAUUUAGUCGUAGCCCCAGCCUCCCUCCUUGACAACUGGCAGCGCGAGCUGCAGCUCUGGUGCCCGCAGCUAAGGGUGGUGCUGUACCAUGGCGGGCAGAGGACAGCGCUGCGGGAGCUCUAUGGUGGGAAGGGGAAGAAAGGGAAGAAGGGGAAGAAGGAGAGGCGGCGAGAGAGGCGGAAGAAGGCAGAAGGAGGGGGAGAGGGUAGUGGAGGGGAGGGGGAGGAGGAGGAGGAGGAGGAAGGGGGGAAGAUGGGAUUUGAUGUGUUGCUGACGUGCUACUCGCUGUUUGAGAGGGAUAGUGCCGCCCAGAGGGACGACCGGAAGUUUCUGCGCAGGUUCCGGUUCUCGUGUGUUUUGAUGGACGAGGCGCACUUGCUCAAGGACAGGAGCAGCCAGCGGGCCAUGAAACUGCGACAGCUGGCACAGGCUGCGGAUUACCGGCUCAUGUUGACCGGCACGCCCCUGCAGAACGACCUUCAGGAGCUCUGGUCGCUGCUAGAGUUCCUCAUGCCGGCCAUAUUCACGGCCCAUCAGUGCGACAUAGCAGAGUAUCUGGGCAAGAGGGACCAGCCGUCCCAGAAGGGGGGAGGAGGGGGAGGGCCAGCAGAUGAGGGGCUGAUAGGGCGCAUGAAGGCCAUUCUGGGGCCGUUUGUUCUAAGGAGAGUCAAGGCGGACGUUAUGAAGCAGCUGGUGGCGAAGGUCCAGAAGGUCGAGCUACUGCCUAUGGAGGGCGAGCAGGCAACAGCAUACAAUGAGGCUGUGGAGCAGUACAGAAGGGCAGUGGCGGCAAGAGCGGGAGGGGGAGAUAGAGAGGGGAAGUCGAAAGAAGAGGGAGAGGGGGGAGGGGAAGGGGAGGGCGGCACGGCUGCUGUGGCAGCGGCGGUGGAUGCGAUGCCGAGGAGACAGCUGGCGAGCAUCUUCACCCACCUGAGGAAGCUCGCCAACCACCCUCUCUUGGUGCGCCGCCUCUUCUCCGACGCAGCAGUGGACGAGAUGGCGGUUGUGCUGCAUGGGAGGGGCGUUUUUGGCGGGGAGUGCACGUGGCAGCGCGUGGAGGAGGAGCUACGAGGCUACAGUGACUUCACGCUCAACCAGCUGUGUGCCGCCCACAGCGACGCACUCUCGCACUUCCUGCUCUCACGGGAACAAUUCUUCCACUCCUGCAAGUGCCAGGCUCUCUCAACGCUCCUUCCCCAGCUGAAAUCCGACGGUCACCGUGUGCUGCUGUUCAGCCAAUGGACGGCUGUGCUUGACAUUCUGCAACACGUGAUGGGGCUGCUCGGAUUGACCUUCCUUAGACUGGAUGGCAGCACGCAGGUGGUACAGAGGCAAGCCCUGGUGGAUGAGUUCAAUCGGGACCCCUCGGUGUUUGCGAUGCUGCUUUCCACCCGGGCAGGCGGGCAAGGUUUGAACCUGACCGGGGCAGACACGGUGAUUCUGCACGACGUGGAUUUUAACCCCCAGAUGGACCGGCAGGCGGAGGACAGGUGCCACCGGAUAGGCCAGACUCGACCUGUAACUGUCGUGCGGCUUGUGGCACGUGCCACAGUUGAUGAGGGCAUUUUGAAUAUUGCCCAGCGGAAGCUCAGCUUGGAUGCUGCUUUGCUAAGCGGUGGUGGUGAAGGGGGAAGUUCGAACGGGAAGGGGUCUGAUAAGGGAAAAGGAGGCUCAGAGGAAGCUCAGAGCAUGGCUGCUAUUUUGUCAUCAAUUCUUGCUUCGAAGUCCUGA